AUGAAAGGGGUUGAGUUUUGUGAAUUAGUCCAUCAGUACAUGAUGUCAUCAGAAACCACAGGAGGAUUUGUUGUGAUCAAAAGCAACCCGGAUCAGUCAACGCACUUGGAAACAGCUAGAAUGUUCUUGUUGGAUGUUUGGAUCGAUGUGGCCCACCUUAGAUCUGAAGGUUACGGUGAAAUUAGUAGCCGGAUUCCAACAAUGGUGGAAAUCGGCACCCCAGAGGACUUUACUGAAAGAGGAAUGGAUGAUUUGUUGAUUGGAAGAAGAAUAGUCACCCCAUUACCUCCCAAGAAAACAUUUUUGGAUGAUCCCUUACGUGUUCUUCGCGCCAUACGCUUUGGGGCGCGACUUGGGAACGUAUUGGCCACUGAAGUAGAUCUCAUGGUACCUGGCGAUGAACCGGUAGAAGCAAUGGCCUGCAUCUCUGAUUUGAUGUUGUUUGGGACGGUUUUCACUCUUCCUGUGUCAUUUGAGCCUGGAAUUUCAGACGGAUAUGAGAUAUUAUGUGUUGCUCACAUGCGCUUAGCAUGGGGACUUUUGAAAACAAUUGGCUCUUCUUUCAUCACAAUUGAACAGCGGAGGCUGUGUCUGUAUGCUGCUUUAUUGCUUCCAUUCAGAGAGAUGGUGCACAAAGACAGCAAAACUCGGUGGGUUCCCGUGGACGAGAUCAGGCAGUUUAUUGAUGUUGAUUGGAAAGGCGAAACUAUCGACGUUUGCGCGACGAAAAAGAUUAGGAUACUGGUUGGGUUGCUCCUUCGAGACAUGAAAGAUAACUGGCGGCUUGCAUUGGUACUGUCUAUGCUCUUGAUCAGUACUGCAGAUAUUCACUCUGCUCAACAGAUGUAUAAGGUAGUUGAAGAUUGUAUUCUGGGACAAGGCCUAGACGAAGUUUGGAAAGUUAAGCCUUUGGUUAAUGGGAAGCAGAUCAUGACUGUUUUGGAUCUCCGGACUGGAGGACCGCUAGUCGGGGAAUGGCAACAAAAUCUGCUACAGUGGCAGCUUGCUCAUCCCUCUGGAACAGAAAACGAAUGUAUGGACUGGAUGAUUAAAUCACUGAGCUAA